CUAUUUCUCAGUUUGCACUUGCACUAGUUCUGUUCAGCUAAAAACUUUCUUAUAUAUAUAUUGUGCGGAACUUUUCGUUUUCUUACUUGAAUAUGUGCAGGCUUUUCUGAAGUGAGCUAUUAUUUUCCCACUUGUGUUUAUCCUUGCCGUAUUUUUUGCUGUCUCACUUUUGUUGAAGUUGUUGCCGCUGCAACAGUACUGCUCGAUGACAAGACGCUAGAUUUGCGUCAGGAAUCAACAUUCAAUUGAUUUUAUUCAUUUUUUUUUGGUGUGCAUCUGCUCCAUCUGGUACGUGCAUUAAGCUAAAAACCAGUAUCAGGAAAAUUAGACAAAGAUGGGGGGCGGUAAAAAAGGCAAGGGCAAGGGCAAGAAGGGCGCUCCUCCGACGAAGCAGGUUGCUCCGGAAUUAGUGGUGUUGCAUAAUUUAGCGAAGGAUGGCAAGCUCCAAGAGAUGGAAGAUCAUCCGAUGACCGAAAUGAACCUGCUGUACAACGACCACAUAUCCCGCGUGCCUUUACACCUAGCAGCCUAUUACGGUCAUAAUGAGGUACUUGUCAUUUUUCUGAUGCAAUAGCUUUAAGUAGCCGUUCUAGUCGUAUUUUAGCUACUGGAGCACUUUGAUAGCGUGGAGCACGAACAAUUUUGCAUCCAUGAAGAUGAGUUACUUUUUCCGGUUUCUAUACUGCUAUUUUCAUUUCAGGUCGUGGAGAGAAUACUAGAGAUUUGUCCGGAGUCGAGUGAUCGACAAGCGCAAGACGGUUUUCUCCCAGCUCAUUUUGCAGCGCAGCAGGGCCACAUGGAGUGCCUCCGGAUAUUAGUACAACAAGCCGGCAAGAAGGAUGAGGAUAUACGCGUAGGCGGCGUUCGCAAGCUGAUGCGUCGACUGGUGAAAGGCGAGAAGAACAUACUUCAUUUAGCUUGCGCAAAACAGCACGUUGAAGUCGCGCUCUACUUGGUACUUUUUUUUUUGUAAUGUUGCAGUUGCUGAAGAUGGUUCUUGGUUUCUUGGUCUUUUUCUGAUUUUGGACUUCCACCUGUGGUUUUAGCAGAUUCAAUCGUUUCAAAAAAAUCUCAUCAGGUCGAAAAGGGCUGUGACCUCUUUGCGAAGAACGCACAAGGAAAGACCGCGUUUGAGCUAUUGGAGGAGGAGCACCGAAGGACGGUGAAAGCAAAACUCGAAAGCAUAGCCAAAAAGAAAAAAGACGAGGAGGAUAAGAAACACGAAAAACAUGGAGGCUCUGUGCAAGUUGGCGGUAGUAGUUCGUCGUCUAAACAGGACAUGCCAAGCAGUAGUGGCAGCGGAAGUAAGAAAGUAGAAGUGGCUGGUAAGCUUGCGACGACAGCGGACGAAAUGGAGGCGAAGCUAGCUGCGAUGCUUUCUGGAUCUCUAGGUGAAGGCGCCGCUCCACCAGCACCCGCACCUGUAGUCGCAGGUGCAAAAAGAAAAAGCGUCGAACAGGGCGAUACGGAUACUACUAGUAGGAAUACGAUGAAAUCGAAAGCGGUCGUCGAGGCAGCUCCACCUCCACCCGCAAAGAAAGCAAAAUUUUCACUCGAGGAUGUUCUCAAAGACUCGUAUGGCUGAAAAACUUCACAAGAGCCAUGAGAAUGUACCUGAAACAAAGAAACCAAAAUAUACUCUACAAACCCUACCACGUAUGAUACUCCCCACUGCCUUCAAGUUCAAAGGGAUAGUACCAACAUGCCUCUAUCUUUUUACUCAAACGAAUUACAGCAAUAUUUAGAUCACGCACACGCUUUUCCCGAAAGGGCGGAUGCAAAGGCAUCAACGCAUGUCUGAAGAUGAGCUGUCCUCCGUGGUGUGUGAUUCUAGCAGCAAACAGGGGC